UGUGUGCAGGCAGGUCCCGAAACAAGAGUAAGAGAAGGGAAACAAGCGCAAAAUUUAAAGGAAUGGAGAGAAAGCGCUGACACGAAAACAUGAGUCUGUGAAUUCAACACAAAAAGGAAAGCAUGCUGCAGGAAGGUCAGGAGACUCAGGCUUUAGAGGCCGUGGAGGACGCCGAGGAUGGGACUUUCACUAACAUCUCUCUGGCAGAUGACACAGCGGACAGUGGAUCUGCAGCCCUGUAUACUAAACAGGAGAACGAGCUUUUCAUCAUGAACUGCGAUAUAGAUGGAGACAUGGAGAACCAGGUGGAGAUGGAGGAGAAGACAAGGUUAAUAAAUCAAGUUUUGGAACUUCAGCACACACUGGAAGACCUGUCAGCGCGAGUCGACGCAGUCAAGGAAGAGAACCUGAAGCUAAAGUCUGAGAACCAGGUCCUCGGCCAGUACAUCGAGAACCUCAUGUCUGCCUCCAGUGUCUUCCAGACCACUGACACCAAGAGCAAACGGAAGUGAGGUACCCACCCCCCUUCUCAAAAAAAAGUCCCAGCCAAGCAGUUGGAGAGGGAAGCCACCAUCGAGACAUGGAGAGAGAGGGGUUUGUUUUCUCAGCAGACCUGGCCGUUUUCUUUUUUUUGUCCUUCCUGUAACUGAGCUCACUUUCCUGAGUCAAAACUAACAAUUUAAAAAUCCACAACAUAAACUGACUUUGUCCCGCCCUCCGUUAGUCUGGUUCAGGUCUGUCUUGCAGCAGCAACUUCCUCUCCACACUACAGACGAGGUAGACAUCACCCUUUAAUCACAAAUACAAAACACACAACCAGACCAUGUACACAGAGUGGUUAAGGGUCAUUUGUACCUUGAGUUUCUUCUUAAUGCCCUGUGUCAAAGUAGUAUCUGUAAAAUAAUUCUAAGCCUCGCUUUACCUGCUUGGUUUCCUGUUUUGAGGACAAUUCAGAUUUUUCCAUGGUCCCCCACCUCAUUUCAGCACUGUUUCAUUUUAUUUAUUUUUUGUAAAGUUUGUUGUACGUUAGCUGGAUCUGAGUUUUCGGUAGGUCUCUGAUGUCAUCAUUUCUAUAUGAAGCAUGACUAUUCCUCCUUGAGCAGUAUUCCUAAAAAUGAAAACGAUAUUUGGAUGGCAUGUAUGAGUUCUUUUAGCUUGAAAGUUAAGUAUAUCUAAUCAAUAAUCACUAAAUAAUAGACUGCAUAAGCUAGGGAGAACUUUAAAAUAGGUGGAUACUAGGUAACAUUGAGAGCUUAGCAACAAUGCAAGUGAAAGCACAGAGCAACUAAGAGUUGUGUAAAACUCCAUUAAAAGUGUACGUCUUAACUAUUAUCAGUAAUGUUUUAAUUGCAAAUUACAUUGCCACAAGAUGUACGUUGUGUACUUAGAAGUAUUUGUAACCUUCAGUUUGUCAUGUCAGGAUUGAGUGUCGGUGUUGUGGCCCAAACUGUAAUUUAAAAGUGACAGAGGUCAUGAAUGCAACUGGGCCCUUUCAGAGAACCUCCCCCCCCCCCCUAUUAUUACAUUGUGUCCUUACUCUGUAACGUCCAUGGGGGGGGGGGGAACUGACUGGGUGAGAUGAGGAGGGAAGAAUGGGAUGCUUGCCCCAGUAAAGAGGCCUUGAGUGCUAUUGAUCCGCUCAGCCAGGCCUGGAAUACAUCACCUGCUAGAGGAGCGUUUGACCGUAAAAUGUGCUGGUGUUGUCAGUGUACAGCAGAGUGGGGGGGGGUCCUCCAGAACUGCUGCUGCCACAGAUAACAA